UUAACAGUGUUAAACAUAACGUAAAUAUUAAACCCCGAACAAACAGUUCUCUAGUAUUGCCAAAUAGGCUGUUUUGUAUGCAUAGUGCAAGCCCUCAGUUAAAUGUGAAUCUUUAUAGGUGAGUAUAUAAACCAUGUAUGCAUCGAAUAAAGCUGACAGUCAUUAUUCGUUGUUUUCUGUGGGUAAAAUGGUUCUUAAGAUCGUUGUUAUCUCAGCCGUUCUGGCACUCAGCUCAGCUUCAGUAGCUCCAGCAGCAGUGGUUUCAGCACCAGUACUUGCCAAACUUUCUGAUGAUACGUUCGACCCAAAUCCAUCCUAUUCUUUCGCUUACGAUGUACAAGAUUCUUUAACUGGUGAUUCGAAAGGUCAUAUCGAAAGCAGAGCUAAUGGUAUCGUUCAAGGUCAAUAUAACGUUGCCGAACCUGACGGUACUAGAAGAAUAGUUGAUUACACAGCCGAUCCAAUCAACGGUUUCAAUGCUUUGGUUAGAAAAGCACCUUUAGUUGCCGCUGCUGCUGCUCCCGUUGCCGCUGCUGCUGCUCCCGUUGUUGCUGCUGCUCCAGUUGUUGCUGCUCGUGCUGCUCCUAUUGUAGCUGCUCGUUCUGCUCCUGUUGUUGCCGCACGCGCUGCUCCGGUAGUCGCCGCUCCUGCUGCACCAGUUGCUGCUGCCCGUGUAGUAGCUCAACCAGCACCAUUGGUAGCUCAAACUGCAAGACUGGCUGCACAGCCUGUGCCGGUUGUUUCUCAGGCUGCUCCAGUAGUUGCAGCAAGGACUACUUUGGCUGCUCCUCUUGUUGCUCAAGCUGCUCCAUUUGUAGCUGCUAGGUCCUUUGGUGUUUUACCAGCUGCGUCAUAUGUAGCUGCACCUUUUCCUUACGCGUACAUAUGAGAUAAUUCUUCGACUGGAUCCCGAAAUUAGAUAAUACAUUUUGUUAAUCAGGAAUGUAGCAUAGUCAAAGAGUUUCUACCAAAGGAUUAUUAAUCUACAAAUUGGAAAUUAAUCGUGAUUUUUUUAGCUGCGCAUUAGGCUUAAUGAUAUUUCCUUUAUGUGAGGUAGAUCAGCAGUAUAUUUUACUGUUCUAAGUCCUAUUAAACGGUUGUUCAACUGAUUUUAAGAAUUUUUAUCGAGAUAGUUUUGUAUUGGUAAUAUUACAAUAAUUUUUUUAACUAUAUUUAACAAUAUUAUAAACUGAAAAAUAUUCCAAAUAUUUGAGAGCUGCGUAAUGGGCUUAAUGAUAUUUCCUUUUAUUAGGUAGAUCGACAGUAUGCAUUACUGCUUAAGUUCUAUUACGAUUUUUUUUCAAAAUAUUUUAAUUGUUUUCAAUGAUUUAAUCAAUGAAUAUGAACAUAGAAAUACAAGUAUGUUUACAUGUUAGUAAUACGCCCAUAAAAAUUGAUUUCCAGAUUAAGCUGACCCACUUAAUAUUAGCACACUGUUAAGGGCAUAAUCGGACACUUAGCUUCGGUGAUUUUGUUCAAAAAGUUAAAUUAAGUAUCAUGGGAACACAACAGCUCUUCAGUUUUCGCAAUCUAUAGGAAAAUUUGAAAAUUUCUUUAAUUUCUUAUACUUUUUAUAUAUGUUUAUGUUUCUAAAUCAUCUAGAUUUUAGUAUUUGAAACGUCAAAUUUUUAUCUGUCUUUCAAAAUUUAUAAAAAAUACUAAUUUUAUAACAGAGAAUUAGAAUCAGGACGAUUUAGAAAUAAAUAAAUGAAAAUGUUCUAAUUUAAAUGAACGAAUCAAAUAUUUCUAAUACAUACGUAUCUAUAGAAUGAAUAUAACUUAUAUAGAACUGUCCAAAUUUGUUAUAUACAUUAUAAAUUGAUAAGUAAACCAAAAUAUUGGUGUAAAAAGUGUCAAAAUUCAUAUUUACGUAAAUUUCAAAGAGAAUCUAUUUUAUAUUUCUGAUUAAAAUGCUAAUACUUGCUCAAUUGUAUCGUAGUGUUUACUGUACAUACUUUUUUAUAUUUGUAUCUCAAAUUUCAAUAUAAAAAUUAUAAA